CUUUUCUUAAUUAUUGUAGAAACUGCUUACAUGCUUGAAGGUUGCCUAUCAACUAUGGAUUUUAGGAGGUCAGGAAACUACAAACCUAGCAUUUGGGAGGAUGGCUAUGUCCAAUCACGACCCAACUUGUACGCUGAAGAGAAAUAUUGUGAACGAGCUGAAAAACUAAAAGAAGAAGUGAGAAAGAUGUUGGAGAAAACAAUGACAAACUCGUUGGAACAACUUGAGCUUAUUGACAUUUUGCAAAGACUUGGAAUAUACUAUCACUUUGAGGAAGAAAUUGAUAGAGUAUUGAAGCAAAUAUACGUUAAUUAUAAUAAAGGAGAUCACCAUAAUGAGGACUACUUGUAUGCUACAGCUUUAAAAUUCCGACUGCUUAGACAACAAGGGUAUCAUGUUCCUCAAGAGAUAUUUUGCAGUUUCAUGAAUGAGGAAGGAAAGUUCAAAACAGCCCUUGUGGAGGAUACUGAAGGGCUAUUGAGUCUGUAUGAAGCUUCCUAUCUUUCUAUGGAAGGUGAAAAUAUUAUGGAAAAGGCUCAAGAUUUCGCCACUCGUUAUCUCAUUGAAAGCCUUGCGAAGAAGAUGGAUCAGAAUCUUGGUGAGCAAGUAAGACAUGCUUUAGAAAUGCCAGUGCAUUGGAGGAUGGAGAGACUAGAAGCAAGAUCGUUUAUAGAAGUUUAUCACAAAAAAGAGAACAUGAAUCCUCUUCUACUUGAACUUGCAAAGUUGGACUAUAACAUGGUGCAAGCUACAUACUUGGAGGAACUAAAACAAAUGUCAAGGUGGGAUAAGAACAUUAAACUUGUUAAGAAGGUGAGCUUUGUGAGGGACAGAUUGGUGGAGGGCUUCUUCUGGGCUGUUGGUUUCACUCCUAAUCCUCAGUUUGGAUACUGCAGAAAGUUUUCAACAAAGCUUUCUGUUCUCCUCACGACAAUUGAUGACAUCUUUGAUGUUUAUGGUACCUUGGAUGAACUUGAGCUCUUUACUGAUAUUGUUGACAGAUGGGACAUCAAUGCAAUAGAGCAACUACCUGAAUACAUGAAAAUCACCUUCCUAGCUCUCUUCAACUCCAUGAAUGAACUGGCUUAUGAUAUUCUCAAAGAACAAGGGUUCAGCAUAAUUUCACAUAUAAGGAAGCAGUGGGCUAACCUGUGUAAAGCUUACUUAUUGGAAGUGAAGUGGUAUCAGAGAAGACAUACACCAAGCUUGAAUGAGUUCCUGGGAAAUGCCUACAUAACAAGCACCGGUCCUGUAUUAAUAAUGCAUGCUUAUUUGUGCAUCACAAAACCCAUAAAGGAGGAGGAAUUGGAUUGCUUACUGCAUUGUCCUACCAUCAUUUACUCACCUUCGCUAAUUCUUCGAUUUUUAAAUGACUUGGAAACUUCCCCUGAUGAAACCAAGAAAGGAGAUCAUCUUAAAUCGAUCCAAUGUUACAUGCAUGAUUCUAAGAGUUCUGAAGAAAAUGCUCGAAACUACAUAAAGAAAUUAAUUGAUGAGACCUGGAAGAAGAUGAACAAAGACAUACUAAAGGACCGAUCCUUCUCAAAGGAUUUUAGAAGAACUUCAAUGAAUCUUGCUAGGAUUUCUCAAUGCAUCUACCAGUAUGGAGAUGGAUUUGGUAUUCCAGAUCGUGAGACAAAGGAUCGGAUACUCUCCUUGUUCUUUGAACCCAUUCCUCUUUCCUGAAAUGCCAUGCUUCAUUAUCCCUGUUUUUACAUGAAGCUCAAUGUAAAAGAAACAAAAUAUAGUAUAUCUGUUUUCAAUAUCCUGAAACUUGUAUAAUGUCCUGCAGUAAAUAAGGCUUUGGAAGAGCCAUCGUAUUUGAAGAAAUAGCUACCGACAUUGUCACUAUGAAAGAUGAUGCAAACUGAAAGUGGCUGAAGUAACUUGUGCUGUGAGGUGUGACAGUAGUAUACUUUGUUUAAUUACACAAUAGCCAUCUUUGUAUGAGCUGGCAUAGUUCCUUAGGUGAGGGAACUGUUUUAGCAAUUAUGCUGUGGUGAGUCAGUUAAUGUUGGGGUCCUAUAUAUCGUCCUUACGUAAAUGAAACUACUACUUUUUCUUCCUUC